AAACUGUAUUAUUUUUUUGUUUACUUUUCGAGGAAAAUUAUGCGUCCUCUCGCGAACAACUUCAGUAGACCCGCAUUUGCUCAUUUGAUAUUUGCUCGCUAAAGGCUUGCGCCCUCGAUUCAUGUUUUUUGGCUCCCAAGAAAAAUUUGAACAAAAUGAUAUUACGCAGAGAAUGAGGCAGGACCAAGAGUCGCUCGUUUAUCCGUGUACCUUCGCAAGAGACACGGUUAGGGACAUAGCCAGUGACGAGGCGGGCGCGGAAGGUGGGAUCAUUUCGAGUGUGUAACCGACCGAUUACAAGUCUUGCAGAGCACGUGCCUUCGCUUGUUCGCAUCGUCAACCUAUUUCUUUUGCCACAACAACGUUCUUGCAGACAAGCAGCCCAGGCACUGUAGCUGCAAGCGCAAGCCGCGCGUUUCUGAUACUUGGCCCUCCGCAACCGCACGGCUUUCAUCCUCUCUACAAAGUAAGUUGUCCCUGGCGCCUGCUUUGAGACGAGACGAGGAGGAUCAGGACAAGCUUUUCUUCGUCCCUACUUGUGGGCGGUGAACGCAGCAGCCACCGCAGGUUGUCGCGCUUGCAUGCCAGAAGCGAAAAUACAGAGCCCGAGCACCGGCCCUGCAAUAGCGACAGACGCCGGAUCGGUUCGUGCUCAUCUCACGACCGGCAAGAUGUCGAGCAUCGGCGGGUUGGGAAACAUGACAGCAGGAGGCUCGAGUUCUUCCACGGCCAAGCAGCCACCGAGCAGCAACGACAGCUACGCCCCCAUGACCAACGGCGUCAACCUCAACAUCAUCGGAGCUGCUAGUGCGCAAGCGGAGCCGCCGUUUCCGUCAGGUAGCGGACCGCCCAACUUGCUGAAUCAGAUCCGCACGGCAAAGAAUAUCGGAGAAAGCUUUAUCCGCAUCGCGCUCAGUUCCGAGAACGACCACAAAGUCACGCCCGCAGUGACGGCGGUGGUCGCAACCCUAACCGUGCUGGUUGCCGUCUUUGGCGUUUCGGAUUUGGAGUUUUGUUUCGGACUCGCGCCCUCCGCGACGGUGCUGCCGCCCGUGAGCGACAGCACACUUCCGAUACCGUUUUUCUGGAACCUGCUCACGUGGCACUUCCUCGAUACGAGCGUGCGAAAGGCGUUGAUCGCAACGCCGGCAAUAUACUACAUGCUGAGGGGUAAUAAAAGCAGGCCAUCUAGUUCGUGCGCGUUGAUGAUGAUCCUGGAAGCUACAGAAGCCAUCCGAUUUUUUGUUUUUCUAUCCAAAAAUGUUGUUUUUCGUGUUGCCGAUCGCCCGGUGACUGCAGCAGCUUGAGCUUGACCUACUUCUUCUGCGCGUUUUGCAUGAUUUGUUGUGUUUGUUUUUCUACACAAAGAGGAAACAGAACGAAUAAAAACUGAAACAGAUCUUGAGCCUCUAUUUGGCGCCUCCAGUUUGCUUCUCCACCUCGCACUGAACCUGCUGGCUGUCAGCGCUGUUGCGUUUGUCUUCCGAUUGCUUUCGGGAGAUCUCGUGGAGCCGCUUUGUGGUACAUGCCUACUCGGACCCCUAUAUUGUUAUAUUUGCCUGUAGAUGUAGUUGUGUGCUGCCUCACCGGCUUCACACUGUGACUGUCAAGAAGCAAUGCACUUCUUGCCCUAGCUCCUGUUUGUCAAGGCGCUGCCUUCUCGUACCGUAUGUGCAAUCAACAAGAAGUUCGGCAGGACAAACUUGUAGAAGUGCUUCCAGUAGUUAGUGCUCAACUUAAAGAUAGUACGGCAUCCAUCCCUUCACCCCAACCUCUUGCCCAGGUACCGGUUGCCUGUGCGUAGCACUGUCAGUGUUUCUCGCGUCACGCUUCCCCACGAGGCAGAUACCGCUUGUUCGCGGAAAAUUCGUACCAUUGAAAAAACUUCCGUCACUGGUACUGGCCGUCGCAACUUUUCUCGGCAUUUUCACGUCCCUAGCACCGGAGUGGUUUUUCUGCUUCGCCCAGCUACUACUGUCCUGGACCUACCUGCGCUUUUUCGCGCUCUAUCCCUCCGGCAGGCAAGGAGAUCGCAACUUCAAACUCGCCGACCUAUUCCCUGCGCCAUGUAGACCCGGUAUACUUACAGCAGAUCGUGGAUGUAUAUUUUUUUUACAAGAGAAAAGUUUCGUUAUUUCUCUGUGUGCACGUGCUAUUAAACCAAUAGAACCAAUCCUUCAUGCAGGCCUUGACGUAAUAGCGGCGUUUGUAUACCUCGGGCUCGUUCGCGCCGGCUUUAACGUGACGAAUGUCGGUGGAGACGAUCGCGAUGAUGAUCUCGAGUACGGCGCGGACCAUUUUGUCGUUGGGGGCGCCGAAUUAGAUCCGCUGGCUUCCACAAACGUAUCUGGUAAUGUAGCGCCGAUAGGUAGUCCAAUCGGGAGCUCUUACCCUGCAAGCGGCGGCGCCGGUGGGGGCAGCAGUAGAAGUAACUCGUCCUCGUCGGCAGCUGCCCUGGGGUAUCCUUAUCCGAGCGCAAUAAACCCUGUUGGUGCGGCAGGAGCAGAUGCCUACCAGCAGCGAAAAAUGAUGAAUCUGCAAGCAGGUCGAGGCGGCCAAGAGCGACAGCUACAGUAUUCGCUAAGCAAUCCUGCUGCUCCGGUAGCUUCGUCGUCGAAUGCUGUCGUGGGAGUGGCAGGAGUGUCGAAUAGCAAUGUGAACGCGAAUAAUUCGAGCCGGCCUAUUUUCGUACACCAACAGAAUCAGAAUCCUACAAGCAAACAAGUGAGCGUAGCUUCAACGCUGCUGGAUGAAGAGGCCGCGAGCGGCUUUGAUUUCAAUGCGGGAGCAGAGGGCGGGGAUGAAAAAAGCAGAGCUAAUAUGAUGGACCCUGCGGAGUACGAGAAACGAAGACAAAAAGCACUACAGCUACUCGACAGCCUUUAGCAGUGGUCACUUAUGAAAGUAAAGCAGGACGCGUUAUUGCUAAGGAGCUCGAGCUCAUUCCCCGAUGCAGCUUUGGCUGCGUUGGUACUAGCUGCCUCACCAGUUUCGUACUUCAGCAGCACCAGUUGCGUCGUCCUAAGAUCCGUCUGAGGUUGAUGGUGAGGUCUGUUUCAGCGGAUGCAGCACGAGCACUGUUCCACCGCGCUGCAGAUGCAACUUUCCUCGUGGUGGACCAUUAGGCGGAGUAACUUGUGAUUGUUGUGGUCGAUGUUCAUACUGUUUGUCUGACUGACAAGGCAUUGACGAAUGAUCGCGACCGCGAAUGCUCUCGAAAACCUGAAGAUGACGAUCUAAAGUUCCCUUUCGAUUUUUCUUUAGAUUACGAUACUCUAUCAGAAUCAGAAAGGUCUUCCUUGUGCUUGAAGAAAUGAAC